GCUACCCACAGCACGCUGCUGCGUUGUGCGAUGAGCACUGGAUACCGGAGCAGCAAGGGCGUUCUCAUCACCUGCGAUGUGCCCACGAAGCAGUUCAUUAUGAGCCUGGACGCGCGGCUGGCGUGCGUGGUGUCGGAUCUGGACGCCACACAUGUCUUCGUGAAGAAAGACAGCGUCAAAGAGAUACAGCGCGAGCUGGAACAGCUGCACGAGAAAAACGUGUACGUGCGGCCUCGAACAUAGCAACAACGGCGGUGCACAGCAGUGCGCAACAGCACGUCGGAAGACGGCACCGGCACGACGGGUACAGGACCAUUGUGCUCACCACGCGGACGCUUCAUUUCGCGUGGCAAAUAGCAGGAAAACUGGCGAAGAGAGGGACGACUUUGAUUUUUUUUUUGUGGGAGCAACCAGUGUCGGAGGGACGGUAGAAAUCGUACGGCUUAUUGAGAGGGAGGUUCGCGAUCUCUACUCGUCUGGGUGAUCGGCAGUAGUAGGGUAUCGCUGGACAAGCUAUGUAUCACAUCGACGAGUUUGCAAUCGCCGUGCCUUUGAAACGUGAUGCUACCUCGUCGAAGAAUGGCAUUGGUUUAGCGUACAAUCAAAAGGACCAUGCCCAGGCGCAUGCAGCAUCUCACACCCAUCGUGGCCAUGAAUGUGGUGUGGAGAUCCGUGUUGUGGAGGAUUGAGACACUAUGAGAAGGCCAUGUAGCACAAUGAAGCGUGUGCUCGCAAAAGCCUCUGU